ACACCUGGCUCACGGUCCGGCUAGUCUGCCAGGAUGAGCUCGCGGCUGAUUGAUUGGCUCCGGUCCAAUUUGGAAAAAGCCUUGUACACACCGACGCAUUCAAGCGGCAGAUGGCGUGCCGGUCCAGAAGGAUGGGGAGCAGGUAAGUGUUGGGUGAUGACUCACACUGAUGGACCUCUGGAGGAGACAGAUUUUAAGUUGGCGUGUGUCAUCGCUGAGACUGUGUCCUCUCUGCAUCGGUGCUGGUAGAUUAGUGGAGUAGAAGAUAGAAGCUGCAGAUGUGAAUGAGCAGCAGCUGGUCACCAUGAUGUCAUCGUUGAUGCCUCACUGAAGGUCAUCAAGGAUACUUUGCAUCCAUCCACUCACAUCAUCAACACACCUACAAAGCGUUGCCAGGAUCUCUGAGAAUAGUUGUCAUGUGACCAACAAGUCAAGCGCAAUCCAGAAGGGGGCAGCACCAUUUUCUUUGUCUUGUUUGUAGCGGAAGAUCUGAGGUGCCCCUGACCUGAUUUAGUGGAUCUGCUGUAAGGUGUUCCAUCCUCUUGUGAACCACUGUGGGCUUUGAACCAUCGUCACACCCCCAUUUUAAGUUCAUGCUGAGAGAAAUGCCAGUCAGAGUCAGACCGUCAAGUUUGCUCUGUUCCAGCAGACACUAGUUUUUUAUGCUGACUCAUGUCAAAACCAGAACCAGAGCAAAAGAGGCUUGUUUUCUCUUCUGUUGGUCUUUUCCUGUUUGGACACGAGUUGCCACAGAGGUUAUGAAACGUAUUUGUUGACCACAUCUGCAGCACCACACAUGCAUCGCUGACCCACUCGCUGGUUCACUGCGUCCCCUUCCUCAUUUGACCAACUGUGACCCGGCCGACUGGGAGCACACAUAAGAGGUUAGAUGCAGGCAGGUUGACUCGUCCUGACAAACAACAUCGUGCUCCUGCCUCCUCCCUUCUUCUGAGCGAGGAACCCAUUCUCUCCAAACCGCUCCUUCAGAAUGCGCUGUGGACUGAUUCCAUCAUUUAUUUAUGGGUCCUGCCCCAGAAUGCCCUUGAAGGGGGAAGAAAAACCGGCAGACUCGGAUGCUGCUGGAAGGUUCCGCUCCUCCACUGGAGUGUGUUGACUCUCAUCACACCCACCGCUGCGUGGAGAGGAGACCAGCAGAGAGACAGACGGCAGGAAAUGGGCGACGAGGGGAGGGAACGAGAGGCAGGAAGAGGCUGAUAUCGAUUAGCUAGCGAACACUGCGUGUCAGGAGAGAAGCUCAGCGCUGUGACUAAGUUCAAACUAGCCAUAUUAGCUUACGAAGGAUAGUUUUCAUUCGACUUCCAGAUCCAACCAGAUCUUGAGUCAUGAUGUUGCCAUAGAAAGAAAGAGCAACAUUGAAACAGCACUUUUGUAGAGCUAAGUAUCAACUACAUGACAGCGAAAUUAAUACGUCUCUAAAGUUUUUGAUUUAACUUUUGUUGUCACAUCCUGAGGCUGUUUUUAAGGUGGCUGUUUUAGAUCGAGAAAUAUUUCUGUUCAGAAGAGAGUGUUUCCAGGCUUGAGAUUUUCCUCAGUAAUGUUAACAUUUUCUAGUAGCAGCAUCAGAUAAAUAGCACAAGUUAUUUACAUCCUGUUUUGAAAUAGCUGUCUGAAAAUAGUAAUAUUAAUAUUAUCCUUGCAGUUUAAGUUAUUAAUUGCUGUUAUGAUGUUUGUAUUUGUUUAAGUUGCUAUCAUAAUUUUAUUAUUUUCCUCUUGUUUGGAAAGUGUUUUUAUUCAUUUUUAUAUUCUUAUUUUUUAUUGUUUAUCAUCAUCAUCAGUGAAUAUGUUUUUUUUGUAUUUUAUUCACAUUCAUUAUAUUAAGUAUCCGUUUUCUUCUUCCUAAAAGUCUAGAACAAGCGUGUGUCGGAGUUGCCGCCGUGUUUUCCUCGACAGACUGGAUGCAGCUCUGACAUCUCUCUCACACUCUUUCAUGGCUUUCAUGUGUUUGGCAGCGAGCUGACCAGACUCAUUCAUCCGCUGCAGAAUCGCUUUUCUGUACCACCUUUCUUGCCGUCAUUCUGCACCUGAAAGUCAUGUGUAUCCUCCUCCCCUUUCUUCUCUCCUCUCUGUGCAUGUCGCUACCUCCUCUCCCGCCUACGUUUUUUUCUCCUCGUUCCCUCAUCCCUCUUUCCUUCUAUCUGUCUUCUUCAGCAUGGACGUUCAGAAUUUUCAUGGGAAGGAAUUAAUGUAAGUGUUGUGACGUCAUUUCUUUUGGUUCUUCUGGUGACCCUCCUUCUUUCUCACCAUCCCUCACUUCAAUUUCAGUCGAGAGCACAAUCAGAUUAUUAAGUCUCAGAUUAGGAUUAAAGGAAUGUGGAUGCCAUCUUUUGUAUUAACCCGGCUUCUCCAUCACUUCUCCUCCUCUCCACUCACUCUUCUUUAACACACACUGUCACACUUUUCUCCUCACCUCCUCCCCCCUUCCGUCGCUCCUCCAUCCGUCUCUUUUCUCUCUCCAGCUGUCCAUGGAGGACACCACGUCCAUCCUGCCACGGCUCAAGAGGAACUCAAAUGCCUAUGGCAUCGGGGCUUUGGCUAAGUCUUCUCUGUCAGGUGUGUCAGGGGUGACCCGGACCAUGAAGGAGCGAGUGACCAAGCCCACAGCCAUGGCUCAGGGCCGCGUGGCACAUAUGAUCGAGUGGCAGAACUGGGGCAUGCAGACGGUGGGAUCCGGGGGCCUCCCCCAGGCCCGCAUCAGCACCCAGGAGCGCGAGAAGGAACGGCGGCUGGAGAACGACGCCUACAGCGACCUGAGCGACGGAGAGAAGGAGGCUCGCUUUGCCGCAGGUAUCCUGCAGCAGUUUGCCAUCUCAGAGGCGACGUUACUGGCUUGGUCAUCGAUGGACGGAGAGAGUCCGAGGUCGGGAUCCAACCAAGGCAGCGUGGCCCAUCUGAGCGAGGUCAACCAGGAGAGCAUCACCAGUCGAGACCAGAUCCUGCAUCACUCCUCAGCAGAGGUGUGGCCUCACACUUACGUCUCACAGGGACAUUACUGCCUCUCGUCCUCUGACGCCUGGGAGCCCAUCAACAACGACCCCUCCGCCGUGGCGUCACCCCCUGCCGGCUCCUACGUCAUGGGCUCGGAGAAUUACGAGGGUCAGGCGGCGGCUCACUUCUUGUCGCAGCAGCAGCAGCAGCAGUUUAAUCUGCAGCAGCAGAGUCAGCUCCAGCAGCUGCAGCAGAUCCAGCAGAUCCAACACUACCAGCAACAGCAGCUGCUUCAGUACCAGCAGCAGCAGCAGUCCCUGGAGCACCGACUCCAUUCCGCCAACCACUCGUUGCAAGCGACGCCCAACAGCACCAUACACAGUCUGGUCCACCACGUCCACCCGCCACUGGUGGACCUCUGGAACACGGGACAGAUGGAGGCCUACCAGGCCGAGGCGGGUGGCUUCAUGGGGGUGUCCGCGGUUGUGGAGCCCAGUCUCUGCGUCCCCAGCGGAGAGGAGAACGUGGGCACGGAACACUCGCCGCUGCUAGAGCAGCACGAGGAAGAGGAGGAGGUGAAGGAGGGCGAGGUCACCUUGUGCAUGGAGCUAGAAACAGCCACGUUGACUCUGCCCACGCAGUCGGGCGACGCAUCCGGAGGCAGCAGUCCGGGCCAGCCGCCGUCCGAGCCCAUCAGUGAGCGGAAAGAUGUCAGCGCCGGCCUGGAGGAGAAGGAGGAGCAAGAAGAGGAGGGGCCUGCCGCUGCCAUGGCAACCAACUGAGUCAAAUGGGACUCCUCAUCCAGGACUGACCCGGGAGUCAGCCGGGAGUCAGCCGGGAGCCACCGCUACAACACAAUAUCUAUCUAUUAAUCCGUUCCUUUCAGGUAUCAGGAAGUUGGAGUCCUUAAAGGAGAUUCAGACUCUUGCUGCAGGACUCCACUGAGUUUCUUUGUAAGCCUUACACUCAGAGGUGAGUGAGGAGGAGGAGGAAGAGGAGGAGGAGGAAGAGGAGGAGGAGAACUCUGACAUUUCCACUGUCAAACAGGGAAGAGGAGGAGGGGAACGGAAACAUGCAUGCUUUUAAUGAAGACAAGCAACCGUGUCAUCCACCUAUAGUUAUUUUCUAUGGAAACAAAAAAGAUAAGUAUGAUAUGAAAAUAAGAGUUCUCCAGUCUGGGAGAACUGCUCUGUUUACAGCUGUUAAUCCACAUAGUAGAUAGUGUUUAAUCCCAGCUAAUCCACACACACACACACACACACACACACACACACACACGCACACACGCACACACACACACUCAUUCUGAACCUCUGCGUUUCAGUGAAACGCAGUCCCUGACUGACCCUCUAUAAUAUGAAUGAUUCAAGCGGCACAAGCGCGGCCGGGCCCGGGUCCGGGCCGCUGACUGCACACACACUGCACAGAUAAGGAUUGUACUGUAAGAUAAGUGUGCUUCCUACUCUCUGUAUGCAUGUUUAUCAGAGUACCUGGAGUACCUGUACUAUACAGCACUGUAUAGACUUUGCACUGACCCACAGCCACCCAGGUGAGGGUGGGGGCGGGGCCUUCGGUGGGCUCAGAAAUAAAAAAAGACCCAGCUGCAUAAUCUCUUUCUUUGCACUGAUGCAAUCCAACAGGAGGUCGCCUUUGGACUCUGAAAAGCUUUCAGCACCAAAACCGAGCCACUGAACAACCGUGAACCCUCAGCUGCUUUAUUUUUUUCCCAAAUAAUUGAUAAGCAUCUUUGAAUGUACCGGAAGACGGACGGCGGCUAAGGACAGCGGACGAUGUUUCCGUCCACAUGGAGGGACCUUAAUGAACACUUUGAGAACGGACAAACGUGCGAGGAGCUUUUCAGAAGUGGAUCCACUGUUUGGCUCACCAACACACACACACACACACACACACACACACACACACACACACACACGCACACACACACACACACACACACACAAAUAUCUAAAUUGUAACCAGCAAUAUCCAGGCUGACCUCUGGCCUCCAGUGUCGCCUGCAGUGUAAAUAUAAAUAGUCUAUAAAAGAAUCUUCUCAUACCUUUAUGUUGGGUUUUUAUUAACUUGCAAAGGUAGGCAUCCACACUGCUGCAUUUGGGUUGCUCUGUCGUGCUGUUUGACGUGAAAGUUUCCUGGAUAGGAACCCAUCCACCAGAACCAAAAACUAAAUACAUGAAUAAAGAGGUUGCAGGCAUAAUGUCCGAGUAUGGGUAGGAUAAUUCGACAAACUCUGCUGCAAGUGACUUGAUUUUUACUUUGAUUUUAGUUGAUGCUUACUCUGGACUGUAUUUAUGCGAGUGGUGCAUUCAGGAACACUGCAGUUCGGGACACCAACACAGAUGAAAAAAAGAUGAUAGAUCAGAGACAAAAAUAUUACUCUUAGUUGGGUAUAUUUGAGUCAUAGUUUAGGGUAUUUAUUAACAAGCAAAAUGCAAUAUAAAUGCAAAUUUAUUGAUGAUAUUGUUUUGUCUUCUACACUUCAAGGCUGAUUCCAGCUGGUUAAAUUUCGUAAGAUUAGUGACAACCAGAGGGCAGUAGUGGAAGAAUCCCCACCACGUAGACUCCGUGACUUAGACAGGAAGCAGGUCACAGAUGAGUCCUACACACCCACGUGAGUCCAAGGUAAAGGCUUUCAGUUGUAAUGGACAGUCUGGUUUGCUUCCUGUUAAGUUUGUCUUGAAGCAGAGUUUGGAGUUGACGGUCACAGGUGAACACUAGCACUACGUUAGUGUUAGCUUUGGUGUGUAAAUGGUUUUAAAAUGUGAAAACACACAUCUCUGCCAAAGUUCAUCAAACAAAAAUGCAGCAAUGUGGAUUAAGUUGCACUUUUCUGGGGGUCAUAAUCUCAACUUUUAAGCCUCAUCAAAAACUAGCUGACUCAUCCAAUUGGAGAUGGGGGUCCUCACAUGAAUCACUCAGCCAAUCAGGGAGUAGAUCGGGGUCGAUCUGUGUCUUCCUGCUCAUGACUGUGAAGCCCGGGGAGCAACAGCCAGGAUUGGUGUGGAAACAAUUGCUGUUUUUUUAUGUUGCUGCUGGAGAUUCCGUGCAUGUCUCACUUCAUCCUCUCACGGAUGAUUGUGUGCGGGGCUUUUAAGAAAUAUAAAUAUGUACAGAGCAGAGAGCGCGACGGUCUAUUGACCUGAAUGAAUUAUUUUGCUUCUUUAUGCAACGAUGGGACGAUGUUUAUUUUUAUACAAACCUGUUGAAAUCCCUCCCGGUGUUGGUGAGAAUUGGUGUCACGGCAGUAAAGCGACUUGUUGAGAGGAUCAACUCCAGCUAAUUGUGUGCAAAGACUCUUUUUAUUUUCCUGCAGGAGUCUUUGUUUACAGGCAACAGAAUGUCUUUACACGGUGACACUCGUUCGUUUAUUUAUUGAGCAAUUACUCGGCGGGGAGAUAUAACUUGUACAGUUUUCUGUCAGAUUCCACGUCUCCAUUGACUGCGCUUACGUGGGGACAUGGCUCUUGUUAUGAUGGGAAUCAGGGCUGCACAAAACAAGAAAGAGGUGAAGGAACGAGGGUUGGAAUCAUGAAUUAUCUUGUCUUUUGUGGGGGGAAAAUGCUUCCUAGGUCAUCUCAUUCCACCUGCCCUUGGAGAUACGUUGUUUUGAUGACGCCAUUUCUAGCGUAAAGCUUCUAAAUGGACAUGCUAGAAAAAGCUUCUGUCAUUGGUGAGAGCUGCAGAAUAAAGCAUUGCCUUCUCAAGAUCCAGGUCAGGUGGAACUGAGGUGAAAAUAUUGACUGUUGUUUAGAACAAGAAGGUUGUGUAACCACCAAAAAGUCCAUGCUCACUGUUGUGCAGCCCUGAUGUUGGCGGCCACUUUGUCGAGGAGCCACCUGUGGAUUCCAGCGAUCACAUCUCUGUCACGGUUUUUCUACCACUCCACUGCCUCCUGUUUCUCCUCCUCUCUCUUCGUACCUGUGUAUCCGUGUCCGUCUGUCCGUGUUGUCUCGUUGGAAGAAUCACUGCCUGAUAAAAAGUAUGUAUCUAAAACAUGUUUCCAGCCAAAGUGGGUCUGAGGCAAUCACGUAUAAUCUGGCUGUUGUGCAGACGUGGCUGUAUAAAACGCUUCUGUGUACAAUCUGGAGACUCGCUCGCUCGAGCUGAGCUGAGCGUAGCGCUGGCUGCCGUAUGCAACACUGGCACCUAUGCAUGCUUGUCGUCCAGGUGGGUUCUUCCAUGUGUCCUCUGCUCCUCCUCCUCCUCCCUUCUUGUUUCUCUUCUGUUAACCUGCACGACAGAACCUCCCUCACCUCUGCAGUUCCUCCCACCUGUCUCCUCUUGUUUUCCUCCGGUGGAGAGAGAGCAAAUAAACAGACCAAACAUGUUGUACGUGUGGAACUGUUUUUGAAUCAUUCUCAACAAUCACUGCCUCAAUGAUUUUCUUUGCAAAAGUCAAAUCCAGAAAAAUAUUUUGGUAAUCCACCAAGCCACAGCUGCUGAUCUGUUUCCAGGUCACGGGGGCAGCAGCUUCAUAAAUGGUCAUGCCAAACCCUUCACCUGGGCAACAUCUCAAUCCGGUCCCAAUCCCUCCACCUGGUCCUGGGUCCACCCCGGAGUCUCCUCCCAACCUGCCGUGCCUGAAACACC